AUGGCACGGGAGCAAGAUUCCCUCCGCUGGUCGUCACAAUUCAGCGUCGCUCCGCCACAGCGAACGCCCAAGCUAUCUGGCGAUAAGAUCAUUCUGCCCCAUUCAGCUCUUGAACAGCUCCUAGCCGCUGCACCGCUCAGCGAGGCGCCUUCUCAGGGCCCAUCACGUCUAUAUACAAACACUUUUGAUCCGUUCAAUCCGCACACCUUCGCGGCCGAAUCCCAGGCGCGGGCGCGGAACGUCGACCACCAGAAACAGUUACCCCAUCCAUUGACUUUCCGCCUUGUGAACCCUCAGAAUGGUCGCGCCAUAUACGCUGGCAUUCGGGAAUUCUCGGCCGAAGAGCAGCAGAUCGGUCUCAGCGCAUUCCUGCGACGUGCAUUGGGUAUCGACGAUGAUCAACCUUCAUCACAGACUAAUGGGCAGGUGACGGAAUCGGGGCAGUCGAUGGAGGUGGAGGAUGCGGAGAAAGCAGAUACCACCGUCACGAUCACAGUUCAUGCCAAACAGCUGCCGAAAGGCACAUACGUUCGGCUUCGCCCUCUCGAAGCUGGCUACGACCCAGAGGAUUGGAAGGCCUUGCUUGAACGACAUCUUCGUGAUAAUUUUACCACACUGACCACGGGUGAGCUUCUCACAGUGGCUGGAGGACGGGAUGAAAUAUUCAGAUUUCUGGUCGACAGGGUGGAACCCGAGGGCGACGGCAUUUGCGUCGUGGACACUGAUCUGGAAGUUGACAUUGUGGCUUUGACUGAAGAUCAAGCGAGAGAAACGUUACAGAAGCGACUAGAGAAAGCCUCUCGCGCUCCUGGCACACAGGGGGGCAGCUCGAUCGGCGGGGCUCUCAGGCUAGGAGAAACAGCCACGGGCCAGGUGAUACCAGAGGACUAUGUCGACUACGAGCUCAAGGACUGGGAUCGAGCGGAGCCCAUUGAGGUCGAGCUUGAAGGUGCAGAUGACGCGGAUGUAUACUUAUUUGCCAGUCCAUUUUCUGCGCGCCAGCGAAACCGACCUAGGGCGGAUGAGCACGUCUUCGCCGAUUUCUCGGCUCGGCCAUCGAAGAGGCUUCGGAUUCAGCCAAGCAACAUCGAGCUGGACGGAGCAGAAAGCCUGUACCUGUCGGUGCAUGCAUUCGCUCAGACACGGUCUGAUGAAGAACAACGGCCGGGUGCGCAUCAGUCCUUACCACUACAAUACAAUUUGCGAGUGGUCCAGGGUCCCUCUACCAGCGAAGGCGAUAUAAAUACCGAGGAGAAACCAGAGGCUCAUGAUGCUGGCGAUGUGCAGUGUAAGAACUGUCAUCAAUGGAUUCCUCAGAGAACACUUGUCCUACAUGAGAACUUUUGUCUCCGCAACAACGUGCUCUGCCCCCAGUGCCGGAAUGUUUUCCAAAAGCGAUCGCCUGAAUGGCAUGACCACUGGCACUGCCCUCAUGACUCGUCCUACGGCAACGAUGCAUCAAGCAAGAACAGACACGACACUAUAUUCCAUACCCAAUGCUCAUGUCCUGCUUGUGAACUUGAGGUCGACGGACUCCCGCGCCUCGCCCAGCACCGCACGACUGACUGUCCGGCGAAACCAAUUCUAUGCCAAUUUUGCCAUUUAGUGGUGCCGCAGAAGGGGGAUCUGGAUCCGGAUAUCCACGACCCCGAAGUCUUGCUGUCCGGUCUUACGCCACAUGAACUGGUUGACGGAGGUCGGACAACAGAAUGCCAUCUCUGUAACAAGAUCAUCCGACUCCGCGACAUGAAGACGCAUCUUCGCCACCAUGACCUUGAGCGUCUAUCCCGGCCAGCGCCACGUAUCUGUCUGAAUCAAAAUUGUGGCAGAACCUUGGAUGCGCGCGGAGUACAAAGCGCAAUUACUCCUGGCACAGACACAUUAGGCCUGUGCAGUAUCUGCUUUGGCCCUCUCUACGUUGACACGUACGAUCCGGAAGGAAAGACACUCCGACGUCGUAUCGAGCGCCGAUACCUCUCCCAGCUGAUGACGGGCUGCGGGAAGUCUUGGUGCCAGAACGAGUACUGCAAGACAGGGAAGCAGCAGCGGGAACCCCCUGGCACCAGUAAUGACGGGCCCGCGUCAAUGAGUGCAGCAGCUAUCUUGACCUUGGUGCGUCCCUUGAUAGAUGCGCUCAAUCUUCGGCGAGAUACCCCGAACACGGCGCCCUUGUACCUCUGCACGGAUCAAGUCGGCCAGCAGCGGCGAAUUCUCGCGGAGAUGAUCGCCGCAGAAGGAACCGCGACGGGAGGCAAGGCAUAUGAUUUCCCGUGGUGUGUGGCCGCCGUGGAAGCCACAGCCGGUAGUGUUGACAACGCGCGCGAGUGGUUGGCGAACUGGGCGCCUGCUAGAGGCGAAGAUAAACGCAGAGUCCACUGA